AUGUCCUAUCGACGAGGUUACGGUCAUCAUAUGUCAAUCUAUCACGACCCGGGAUCUUCAUCACAUUCCUCCGACUAUAUCAUCCGUCCACCUCAGUCAAAGUCCUCGGAGUACAUCUCCAUAUCCAUUCAACCCGACUAUGGCACCACGGUCAAGCUUCGACACAGCAGCGAUUCAGGCUAUGCCGAUUCGGGCUCGGACUACAUGGAGGAUCCCAUAGAGACCAAGGAUGACCACAUCUCGCCCUAUGCCCAUGAUCAGGGCUUCGUCUCUAGCGAUGUGUCACUUGCAGAGAGCGAAGAGGCCCAGGAGCUCUUGAAGAAUCAAAAGGCUAUUGAAGCUCCCACGGCUGAAGACCGCAACGAGGUACAUGGGGCGGAACGUGAUGCACGUCACGAGAAGAGAUCGAGCCGCUAUGAUGAUGAAGAUGCUCAUUAUAUGAGUGACUCUGAGCCUGGUGAUUAUUUCAGUGGCGCACACACACGUGACAGAUGCUCAGCAAGCCGUGGCCCAUCUGACGAGGAUCCACCAGACUACCGGACUUGGAGAGAUGGACGGGGUUCAAAGCACGAAUUCACGCGCAGCCAUGGCGUCAGAACAGAGGAACCUGACAGCUACGAGGAGGCAGGGGAACUGCUGGACAAGUAUCGAAAAUUCGAGGCCCGAUAUGCUCGAGAACAAGCCAGGCUCCAAGACCGUAGUGUCAGCGAUGGCUUCAUUUCCAGAUCCUCACGUAGCAGGCGUCCAUCCCAUUACGAUCCCACUUAUGAUCCAGUCGACGUCGACCAGAACCAGGACGCCACGAGCGCAGCAGAAGACCCAAACAACACAAGAAACACCCAGCCCGCCCUCGCCCCCAACCCCUCCAACGCAUGCUCCCAGACAUACCCACCACCGAAUCCGACUUCUCCCACCCCAGCAGCCCCCGCGGCUUCUCUGUCGCAGACUCAGACCUAUUCUCCCUAG